AUUAUUUUGUUAGAUUAAUUUUUUAUAUUAACCGAAACGAUAUAUUUUCACCUCAAAUUUAACAAUUAGGUAUAGUUAGAAAUACACGGUUGUUUACUUACUUUUUAAUACAGUUUUAUUCAAUUCAAGUUGUUGUAUAUAAUUAAGUGUAGAAGUGCGAGUGAUUUAAUAGCAAGCAGAUAGGGAAUCAAGAUUAUGAUUAAUAGUAAAUAAAAUAUAAAUGGCACAGCAUGGCGCUUUAACCGUUUAUACGAUCUUGCUCAAAAGAGUAUAUUAUCAUUGAUGACCUGACCGAGUCCAAGGUAGCACAUUUUAUUCGUGAAUCGUGACGUACUGAAUUAUAUAGUGGUAAUUGUAUAGUGGUUAGUGGUUAGUAUAGUGGUGCAAGUAUUCUGCCGUAUAAAACAAAUAUAAGCAGCUUUUCUUACCAAGUUUUUGAACCAUAUUCAAUUUCUACACAACCAUUUAAGGUAUUAAAUAAUAUCCAUUCCGAAAUGACCUAGAUUAACACAACAAAAUAAUGAAGCUCUCAAAAAAAUCUACAAACGACGAGAUCAACAUGGCCGAAGAGGUGGACGCAGAGCAUGAAAAAUGGCAAAAAUUAAAUUUCAGCUCAAGAGCUAAAUACAUUUUAAAGAACAUAACAGUUGAACCUUUACUCGCAUUUUUUAUCGUGUCAAGUGUACUUGGCAACCUCACCACACAAAACCUAAACUUACAGAAAUCAUGUAGGGUUAAUUUAAAUAUGAGCGAUGCGAUUUGCUCGGCGUUGGAAAAACGGAUGAAGACAAAUUAUACUCUGGACCAGGAAGCAAGAGUCCAAGAGCUAGUCACCGACAUGACAAUGUGGCAGUCGGUUAUCCAGCACACUAUACCGUGUAUAUUCGUGAUUUUCAUCGGAUCCUGGAGUGACAGAACCCGUAAGAGGAAACCAGUCCUGCUGCUGCCCAUUUUCGGAGAACUAGUGCGAGUCCUGGGCUUAUUGGUUUGUGUAUUCUAUUUUUACGAACUACCAAUGGAAGUCGCCGGUCUGGUCGAGUCCGUGCCUUCGUCACUAACGGGUGGUUGGAUGAUCAUGUUCAUGGGUGUAUUCACGUACAUUGCGGACGUAACUUCGGUGAAAAUGAGAACUCUUAGAAUAGGAGUGCUGAAUUUAUCUUUAACCAUAGGAAUAUCUUUCGGCAUAGCCUUGUCUGGUAUUCUGUUCCAAAAGCUCGGUUUUUAUGGCAUAUACUCAAUAUGUUCAACUAUGUACUUCUUGGGUAUACUUUAUGGAUUUUUUUUUCUUAAAGAUAUAAAAAGUAAUGAAACCCAAGCUGUUUGUGAAGAAAAUAAACUUGUUAAAAAUUCAUCGUUCUCAACAAAUGUUAAGGAAUUUUUUGAUUUAGUACACAUUAAAAAUGCGUUUAGUGUUACUUUCAAAAAAGGCAAUGACAACAGAAGGCUCCGGAUUUUGAUGAUGAUGUUAGUUCUCAUGAUAAUAAUGGGUCCUAUGACAGGCGAAAUGUCAGUUAUGUACUUGUCGACUAGAAUACGAUUUAAUUGGGACGAAUUUGAUUACAGUAUGUUCUCUACAUUUACCAUGGUCACUGGUUUCAUCGGAACAUCACUUUCUUUAUGGGUUUUCAGUCACAAAUGUAAAAUGGAUGACGCAUUAAUAGCUACUAUGGCAUGUAUCAGUAAAGUCAUUGGUAGUUUUGUUUUCGCAUUUGCACCCAAUAAAUACGUAUUUUAUUUCGGCUCAAUUGUGGAAAUUAUUCAUGGCGCUGGUUCCAUUGCAACUAGAUCUAUAUUCACUAAACUUGUCACUCCAGACGAACUUGGUCAAGUAAGUGCUGUAGUCGGAGUUUUUGAGGCUUUUGUUCCAAUGAUAUAUAUACCAAUGUACAGUGCAUUUUAUAAAGCAACAAUGAAAACUUUUCCCGGAGCUUACUUCCUUCUCGGCGGAGGCUUAACUGUACCAGCAAUUUUUGUAUUUUUGUGGAUGUAUAAAGGAAAUAAAGAACGAGAGGCUCGUGAAAUAGAAAAUAAAAAAUCUGAAAUAAUAGAGAAAAAUACUGAAUUAACAAAUGAAACUAUAAAAAUUCCUAAAUUAUACGAGAUGUCUGAAAAAAAUAAUUAUGAAAACCCGGGAUAUAAAUCCGACUACAGUAGUACAAUGGAAAUAAAGGAACAAGUCAGUUCCACAUCAGAGGACGAUGACAGUAACAGUUGGCAGGGAAUGGGGUUCUGUUCCAGAGUCAAAUAUGUCUUCCGAAACAUCACAGUGGAACCAUUGCUGGCGUUUUAUCAGGUUUCAUCCGUGUUAUCGAGUUUGACCACGCAAAAUCUCAAUCUGCAGAAGGCGUGCAGGGUAAACUUGCAAAUGGACGAUGACAUCUGCAACGGGCUGGAGAAUAAGAACAUGUCGCUGUAUGCCGAUCAAGAAGUUCAAGUACAGCAGCAGGUCGCAGACAUGCUCAUAUGGCAAACGAUAAUCCAAAGCAGCAUACCGUGUAUACUGGUCAUAUUCGUCGGGUCGUGGAGUGAUCGAAACAGGAAGCGCAAACCGUGUAUGCUCGUCCCGGUAAUCGGUGAGAUCGUCAGAAACAUCGGGUUAUUACUUUGUGUGUUCUACUUUGACGAGCUAAAGAUGGAGGUGGCCGGUCUAGUCGAAUCGAUACCCACGUCUAUAGCCGGGGGACUUACCGUUCUGUACCUGGCCGCGUUUUCUUACAUGGGAGACAUAAGCUCUAUAAAAAACCGAACUCUCAGGGUUGGGUUAAUGAAUUUAUUUUUUGGUCUGGCUUGGCCAAUCGGUGCUGCACUUUCUGGCGUUUUAUAUCAAAAACUAGGAUUUUUCGGAAUAUACUAUAUCUCUACAGCGCUGUACAUGAUAGCUUUUAUCUACGGCUUUGUCAAUAUCAAAGAACAUCCAGGGCCGUUACCAUUAAAAGAAUCCGUCCAGCCAUCCAAAUCUUGUAUGUAUCUCAUUAUUGAUUUUUUCAAUUUGAAACAUAUCAAAGAAGCAUUUCACACAACUUUCAAAAGGGGGCCAGGAAGAAGAUGGACAAAAAUUGUUUUGCUGAUGUUUACAAUAGUUGUUAUCCAAGGCCCUUCACAUGGAGAAUCUGGAAUUGCUUACUUUUACACGAGAGUUCGUUUUAACUGGAAUGAACUGGACUACAGUUUAUUCUCGACCUUCUUAUUUUUGACAAACCUUGUAGGUGUUGGAUUUUCGAUAGGAGUUUUAAGCCACUUAUUGAAAGUAGACGACGCACUCAUUGGAGUGAUAUCUUGUCUCAGCAAAGUAUUGGCCGGAUUUGCAUUUGCAUUUGCACCUUCAGAAUUUUUUUUUUACAUUGGCGCGUUGGUUGAUGUAAUGAGUGGUACUUCGUAUAUCGUAAUGAGAUCAAUUCUCUCAAAGAUCGUACCUCAUGCUGAACUCGGCCAGGUAUCAGCGAUAAUCGCAGUCAUUGAGACGGUAGUGCCUGUUGUAUACAAACCUUUGUACAGCGCAAUAUACAGAGCCACUCUGAACACGUUUCCAGGAACAUUCUAUGUGGUUGGUUCAAUAAUGCUCACACCAGCCAUAUUUAUAUAUUGGUGGAUGUAUUAUAUAAAUAACCAAGAAGAUGAGAAAAAACCUAAUGUUGAAGAAAUCAAAUCAAAUGAAGUUCAUGCUUUAGAAAAAUAUUAGACUAUUUUGAUAAUAUCCUAAAAGUUUGAAUAGAACAAAUUGGAACAAUUUUGUAUUAUUUAUAAUAUAAUAUAUAUUUUUUUAAUUUAAAAGUGUA